ACUUAGCUUGCAACACGGAUAAUAAUAACGAUAGCUUAGCAAGUAGCACCAAGGAGCUGAUAAUGUCUAGGCCACAGGCGAAGACCCACGGGAGGAAAGCCGCGGCGGCUCACCACCACGGCGGCCGGGAGCAUCACGGUCACGGCAGGUCGGCCAGGUGGCCGGCCAAGCUCAUGGACGGCUUCAGGAAGAAGCUGGUGGGGCUCUUCUCCUUCCCACGGAGGCCGCCAACGGUGACCUUCUCCGUCGACGACAGGAGCGGCCGGGGUGGCGGAGGGGAAGCGACGGUGGCAAAGAGGCCGUCGUGCAGCUCCAACCUGCAGCCAGUGAGCAACGCGCACUACGACGAGGCCAUCGCCGACUGCGUCGAGUUCUUCAACAGGUCGGCCAGGGUGGACGUCAGGUCGAGGUCGUCGCAGUCCUGAAUUCUCACCGAACGGGUCAAGUGCACGCUGCUAUCUGUAUUCCACAUCUCUGUAUGUGUUGUGUAUAUGUGCACGUGUCCAUGUAAUCUACUCUAGAUUAGAUCAUGCAUAAAUAGCUUUUUGCUAUGUUUUUCUGUCUCGUUAGUAUGUUUUUUGAAAUAAUCUGUCCUGUUAAUAUGUUGUCAC